AUGAUUUCAUUCCAAGUAGGAAUCAGGACCACUCUCGCUUUUGAUCAGAAGCUUGAGAAUCAACGGGAAGUGACUGCAACAAACAAACAAGCAUAUGUGGUGGGUUCAUGUGGAUGUGUAAGUGUUGGGAAUCUACUUCAGGUUUUAAUCAAAAGCAAAACGCAGAUUUGGUCCUAUCAGCCACCUCUAAGCAAUUGUUUUUG